CACACCUUUAACAGCUGCAGCUAUUUCUGCGUUUUCUCUCCAAACAUCUCGAGCGUUCAGCUGGAAAGCUAUCUUCAUCUGAUUCACUGAAGCACAGAGGACUUUUAAAGGCAAGCAUCAUCAUGGUGAACUGCUGUGGUCUCGUGUCUGAAAAAAAUGAACCAGUUCCUCUGAAGAGCAUCUCGGUGGAGCUGCAGGUUCAGGAUCACGUGGCGUCUGUCCGCUCCUGUCUGCAGUAUGUGAAUGAGGAGCAGCGUCCGCUGGAGGCCGUGUUCGUCUUCCCGCUGCCCGCCGACGCCGCCGUCUGCCACUUCAGCGCCAGGAUCGGAGAGCAGGAGAUCAGGGCCGAGCUGCAGGACCGACAGAGCGCGCGGGAUCAGUAUGAUGAUGCUGUGAGCUCGGGGCAGCAGGCGUUUCUGCUGGAAGAGAGCGAGGAGAGUUCAGAUGUGUUCAGACUGAGUGUGGGCUGUUUGUCUCCGGGUCAGAACGCCUCCAUCAGCAUCGUCUACAUCAUCGAGCUCAGCAUCCAGGCCGAUCACGCGCUGCGCUUCUGUCUGCCGGCUGUACUCAACCCACGAUACACACCAGCAGCUUCAGCAGCCGGUGUAGUUCCAGAAGUUUCCUCAGCAUCUGUUAUUCCUUACACUCUGUCUCUGAGUGUUGAAGUGAGAUCUUCAGACCGCAUCUCCAGACUCGAGUCCAGCUGCGCUCUGGAUCCUCUGGAGUUCCUCGACGUGCAACACACUCACGCCAUGGUGAAUCUGAGUGCUGGUCACCGGUUCGAUAAGGAUGUGGAGCUGUUUCUGUAUUAUGAGAAUUCCCAUCAGCCCUCUGCUGUAGUCGAGGCAGCAGCGUCUGCGGCUCAGUCAGAGUCACGUUUCCUCUCACAGGUGUGUUUACUCGACAGGUUCAGCACAGCCAGCACACCCACACUCAAAGAUUCCUUCAGGAAAACAAACAGAGAUCAUUUACUACUCUCUCUUCUCUCUCAGCUGUUCAUCUUCACUGAUGGAGAGGUGUGGAACACUAAGGAGGUGCUGGAUCUGGUGAAGAGUCACGUUUACUCUCACAGGUGCUUCUCCUUCGGGAUCGGUGAGGGUGCGAGUACGGCUCUCAUCACAGGAAUGGCCAGAGAAGGUUCUGGUCACGCUCAGUUCAUCACAGGCACUGACCGCAUGCAGCCCAAAGUGAUGCAGUCGCUCAGGUUUGCUCUCCAGCCGGCCGUGGAUAAUAUCUCUGUGGACUGGACCGUUCCUGAAGGCGUGACGGUGGACAUGCUGUCCCCACCCAUCAAUACUCUGUUCCAGGGUCAGAGGGCGCUCAUCUACGCUCAGAUUAAAGGACAGAGUUCAGGAAAGAAGGAAGGAGCUCUAACUGUGAAAUACAGGCUGAAAGAUCAACCAGUGACUAACCAGCUACAAUUUACUCUUAAACCAACAGAAGACACAGGGCUGACGAUCCACCGGCUGGCGGCCCGGUCUGUGAUCCGCUCUCUGGAGCUGGAGGAACGAGCCGGAGGAGCAGACGCGGAGAACAUCAGGAGAAGGAUUGUGGAGCUCAGCGUUCAGGCAGGAGUGAGCAGCGCUCACACAGCAUUCAUCGGCGUUAAUAAAGACAGCAAACAGACUGUGAAAGGGCCGCUGCUGCAGAGGAGAGUGCCAGUGCCACAUAUGUUUCAGAUGUCUGCGAUGCAAGGUCGCUGUAUGGCAAUGUGUGCAAAUACAGCUCCUAAAGUGAGAAGUGCUGUAAUGUGUAAGAGAAAAAAACGUUCUGCGGCCCCGAUGGUUCCCAAAAUGGCAUUUUGUUCAGCAAUGCCAAUGUCUCCCCAAAUGGCAUUUGAUUCUACAAUGCUAUGUUCCUUCGAGUCGUCCAACAUGAUGGUUGAAUGUGAUGCUGCUUCAUAUGAGGAAGAAGCUGAGCCCCAGAAGGACCCUUUGCUCCAGCUGGUCUCUCUUCAGAAGGCCGCUGGAUGCUGGGAGCUCAACGCCUCAUUGGCUGCUGUGUUUGGGAAGACUGAGGACGAGGUGACCAAUCAGAAAGCAGCACAGGUGGAUGGGUCAGUGUGGGCCACCGUCCUCGCUCUCAUCUGGUUCUAUGCGUUUAAAUCAGAUCAGCAGGAUGAGUGGCAGUUUGUUGCCAUGAAGGCGGCAUCAUGGAUCCGCUCUCAGAAACCGGACGGCCUGUCUCAGUGUGUGUGUGAUGGGAACGUUCUGUUGGGAUGUCAGGUGACUGAAGACAUGCUGGGAAUCUGAAGACUGCAAAUCCUGUGCUUAUAGAAGACCCAAUAUCCCCCUUUAACGUUUUUUUUUCUGGUGUAGGAUAUAAACAGAUUUUAAAAGAAUAAACCUUUUGUAUCAGUGGCAGUGGUAUUUUUACUAUAUGUAAGCUUCAGGACCUGUCCUAAAAUUCAUGUUGUUCUUCUAAAUAUGAUUUUGGAAAUAUAUCUCACAGUACUUGGCGUUCUGAAUUCACUAUCAUGAUUUGUGACGGAGAAUCUAUUAUUUCAGUAUGUGUGUUUUAGUGAGUGGAUUGUGUCAGUGUGGAAAUACCAAUACUGUUCUAUCAGAAAGUUUUGGUUCACUAGCCAUAAUUACCUGAUUUGUAGAAUUACAUUAAUGCAUUACAAUUAAGAAUUACAUGAAUCAGAAUAGAGAAAUAUGCAAUUAUAAACGGCCAAGAAUGAUCAUUAUAAUAAUGUCUGUAAAUAUUACAGAAAAAUAAAUAUACAGAUAAAUGUUUCCAGAACACACUGAUUAAAUGUGAAUUGUGACCUUGGA